AUGGCCGGGCCGCAGGUGUCUGAAAUGGCUGACAGCGGGCACGAACAAGAGCCUGAAGGCUGCUAUGUCGAUCUGGCGGAGGGUCCGCUGGACGUCAAUGCCGUUCUCGCCCGUGUCCGCAGCCCCAAAGCUGGAGCGAAUGUGUUGUUUUCAGGUUCGACUCGAGACAACUUCCAGGGCCGCGCAGUCGCCACCCUGUGCUAUUCCGCCUACCGGCCGCGGGCUCUGCGGUCGAUGCGCGAGAUUGCUGCUGACAUUCGCACACGCCAUGGACUGCUGUCCGUGGCCAUUGUGCAUCGGCUGGGCCCUGUGCCGAUUGGCGAGGACAGCGUGCUGAUCGCCGUGUCAGCACCGCACCGGAAGGCAGCGUGGCAGGCGGGCGAGGAGUGUCUGGAGCGAGUCAAGGAGCGGGUGGAGAUCUGGAAGCAAGAAGUCUUCCGCCUGACGGGCGACCGGAUGUACACUGUGGCACCAGUAUCGCUGUCAAACGGCGUCGAUGACUGA